UGUCAUUCAGAUGUGUUUGUAAUUAUGAAGUACGAAAUACAACAACAAUGAAAGUUGUUGUUAUUAUUAUCAUGGUUGCUACAUCAUUAUUAUUUAUUUAUAUGGCAUUUUUAUUUUGUCUUGAUUCAGUAAUAAAACGAAAUAAAAAAUCAACAAGUACAACUCGACGAUCAAGACCAUAUGGAAGACAAAUAAGUGAUGCUCAAGUACAUAAUCCAACACAAGAAUGUGUAUUUAGUGAACCAGCUGAAGGUGAAUUACAACAUAAUCGACGUCCAUCACUUGUAUUACAUUUAGUUUCACAUGAGCAAGCAAAAUGGAGAAAACAAGUCCAACAACAACAAGAAUCUGUGUAUACUAAACAUGAAUUGCUUAAUUGA